GAAUUUUCCGGUCUUCUUCUUCGAUCUCUGAUCCGAAAAUUUCUAGUUUGAGCUUCAAGAGAGGAAUUGAAUGAUUUUGGAAUCGGUAAAGAAAGAAGAAGAGAGAGUGUGAAAAAAAAAAUGGGGAAGGAAGUUAGGAUGAGUGAUUACGGUGACGAUGACGUUGAACACGUACCGGAAUGGGAGAUUGGAUUACCGGAAGGAGAUGAUUUAACUCCGUUGUCUCAAUCUCUAGUCCCGUCGAUUCUAGCGUUAGCUUUUAGUAUAGUCCCAGAACGGAGCCGUACGGUUCACGACGUCGACCGUGCAUCGCAAGUCACGAUCUCUUCGUUGCGUAGCAGUAUUAGUGGCAAUGCUGCUUAUUCUGAAAUGGAGGAGGUCGUAGUAGUAGAUCGAGUUGGAUCGAGUAGUCAUGGAUCUGAUCCGAAGAAACAGAGGAGAUCAGACGGAGGUGGUGGUGGUGGUGAGGCUUCUGCUGCGGUUGAUUCCAUGGCGGAGGAGGAAGGUGAUUCAGGUACUGAGAAGACAUUGAAACGACCGCGUUUGGUGUGGACGCCACAGCUACACAAGAGAUUCGUUGACGUUGUUGAUCAUUUAGGGAUUAAAUCCGCAGUUCCGAAGACGAUUAUGCAGAUGAUGAACGUUGAAGGGCUUAGCCGUGAGAACGUCGCGUCUCAUUUGCAAAAGUAUAGGCUUUACUUAAAACGGGUUCAAGGUUUGUCGACGGAUCAAGAUGGUCCGUAUUCGUCUGAUCAGCUCUUCUCUUCGACUCCGGUGCCUCCACAGAGCUUUCAAGACGACGGAGGAAGUAACGGAGCUACCGGGAAAUUAGGGGUUACUUCGAUGAUCCCGAUGCCAGUUUAUGGGAAUCACGUUGGUAUGAUGCAAGGGCAACAUCAUCAGUUUCGUAACCAUGGCAAUGAAUCAAACCAGUAUAUGAUGCAACAGCAGAAUAGGUUUGGAAACAUGGUUACCUCUCCUUCUGUUGGUGGUGGUGGUGACGUGAAUAACAAGUAAAUAGGUGAGCUUGUGUUCGUACUGUUUCUUUUUAAGUAAAUUUAGAAUUUUUACACUGUUUGAGGACUGUGUUAUAACCUCUGUUUGUAAUAAACUUUUUGGCUAUUGUGCCCUUGUUACUUAAUUUGAUGA